AUGAACUCUGAGCUGUCCAGUGUGGAGAUUACCCUCUACAAGGUGGACGCGGCGGCGGCGAGCACUGGUCCUGGUGCUGGUGGCGGAGGUGAACGUGAGGACGAGGCGGCCCGUUUCUUCUUCCUCAAGCUGCACAAGGUCUCCUACAAUCGCGAGACGAAGGUGCCGCCCCAUGUGGCCGCCGCCAUGGCGCUGGAGGAGGAGGAACAGGCGCCCAUCCACCGCCUCAUUGUGCACGACCUGAAGGGGGCGUGGACGAAGGACAACCGCGACAUUGUCCUCACGCUCUUCGACUCCUACUUUAAGACGCAACUGCUCAAGCGGAACCUCUCCACGGAGGCGCUGCGCCUCUUUAAGGACCAGCUGGGCGGCGGUGGCGGUGGCGGAGGAUCGCCUUCUAAACCUGGUGGUCAGUUUGAGAAGAACAGCAGUCCAUAUGGAAGUGGAGGUGGUCAUCACCAGCAGCACUCGUCGCACCACCUGUCAAAGGGCAACGCCGCAAACAUGCUGCAGAAGCUCAUAGCCGAGGUGGAGUCGGAGAGCAACGUCGCCGACACGGAGCAGAUUGAAAACGGCGUCGGCUCCGACCGGCCGAUGCUGUACGGCAUUGAGGCCUGCUGCCAGACACACGACCUCCUGCUGAACAACUGGCUCAUUGAGCUGAUCAACUCGCAGGUGGUGCUGCGGGGCUGCGAAACGGACGGCUACGUGAUUGUCAGCGCGGCGAAGACCUCGGUGACGCAGCGCAUUCACCGGCCGGUGUGGAAGAACCGCGUGCUCUACUCGAAGACCACCUGGCAGGGGUCGCUGGAGUGCAUGCAGUACUACGCGACGGUGGACGCCGGCGGGCUGCGCAUCGACGACAUUACCUGGCUCAAUCUGGACGACAUUGAGGAGCAGGGCGGCGAGGAGGAGGAGGAGGUGGCCAGUGGGCGGAAGAACAUAGUGGAGAAUCCGGACACGGUGAUGGGCAGCGGGCGGUCGGUGGGCGGGGUGGUCAACUCGGAGGCGGGCGGCUGCUCGACGACGGCCAGCUCGGCUGGGAACGGCUCACUUCCGGGAAUCAAUGAGCCACCUUCAGUGGUGGUGAAGGUGCCCAUUCAGAUGCAGCGCAUCGUCUCCCGCUGUCGCUGUCAGUUCUUCUACGCCAGCUACGGGGAGAACACCGACCCGAGCUGCUACGAGGAGGUGCCCCCGCUGCCCGCCGACGACCUCCUCCCGCUGGAGCCCUGGGACAAGGAGGUGGCCGUGGACACCUUUACGCUGACGCACGAGCACCUGGAGAUUAGCACCAACUCGCAGCAGUUUGCCAUGAUCAUGGACCUGGUGAACAACCUCCUCCUCUACGUGCCCCACAAGAAGGAGGUCUUUGAGAAGCAGCAGCGCAUUCGCUUCAGCAUGCAGCUCAACUCGCUGGAGGAUCAGCGAGGCCCCAUUUCGGAGCUGCAGGACAAGGUUCGACUGCUGCUGACGCGCAUCAAGGCGCUGGAGAAGGAGGACUACUAUAUGCGCAAGAAUCACCACGGAGGAGGCGGAAGUGGAAGUUCUGCUGGAGUAGGUGGUGGUGGAAGUACUGGUAAUUCUGGUGGGACAAUUGGAGGAGGAGGCGGAGGAAAGAAGCCCUCAUCCUCGAAGCUGAGCUCGAUGAUGACGGCAAGUGACGAUCCGGAAAGUGCGAAGCUGGCCGCCUCGCUGAAGGAGACCGAGUGGGAGCUCCAUCAGUGCAAGGAGGAGCUGGCGCGCGUCGGCGACGACCUCAGCAUCAUGAUCAACUGCUACAAGGAGGCGCAGCUGAUUGCCUCGAAGACCAAGGAGCGCCAGGUGGCCGCCCAGGAGUCGCGGGACCUGCUCGCCCAGGUGGUGCGCCGCAAUGAGGUCUGCUUCAAGCAAGCGAGCUGGCGGCUGACAGACAUUGACGGGCAGCUGAUGCUCUGCGACAUGGUCCUGCAGAACUUUCUCUACACGAAGGUGAGCAAAAAUGACGACUCGGUGCAGCACUCCUUUGAGCUGGGCUACGUCAGCGUGAAGAACCAGAUGCCCAAUCAGGUGUACCGGGAGGUGCUGCAGCCGACGGAGCUGCAGCCGAACAUGCCCGUCGACCAGCACCGGGCGCUGCGCAUCAUCUGCAUUGAGAAGGCGCCCGUCGGGGGGAUCUCGGUGAAGGAGCACCUCGAGGUGAACGUCAUCCCGUUGACUGUGGGUCUGACGUACGCCUUCUUCAUGAAGAUGCUCAAGUUUUUCUUUCCCGAGCGAAGUACUAGUCUGCAGGAGCAGCAGCAGCAGCAACAGGUGUCCUCUACGGUAACCUCGACGACUGGGGUAGGCAGCAGCAGUGCUGGAAACGCUCCCUCUGCUUUUGGGUCAUCCACUGUAGGCAGCAUGGCCGGCGACUCGGGCUUUGAUAGCCUCUCUGGCGUGGGCGCUGAUGACACCAUCUCUUCAGCGGGCUCCAUUUCCACAAUCACUUCUGUCUCCUCAUCUUCAAAAGGGGAAAAGGCCGGCAAAAAGGGCAAAGGGGCGUCGGCCGCAGCGAUGAAGAAGGAGGAGAGCACAUUGAGUCUCGCCAGCUCGCUCUCUUCUUAUAACUUUAAGUCAUCCUCAAAGUCGAAUCCGACCACCUCCUUUCAGCACAUUGAAAAGAUGCGCGAGCGGGCCUCCAAAAAUCAGACUUUUGUCUUUAUCAAAAUUCCCGAAGUGCCGAUCCGCAUCAGCUACAAGGGCAACAAAAAUAAGAACCUGGAGGACCUGCGCGACGUCAAUCUCAUUCUGCCCACCUUUGAGUACCACAAUCGGACGUGGACGUGGCUCGACCUGCUGAUGGCGCUGAAGAACGACUCGAAGCGGGUGCUGCUGUCGCAGGCGCUCAAGCACAAGUUUCACAUCUCAAAGUCGAAGCCGCAGCAGCUGCUCUCUUCGGCGCUGCUCUCCUCCUCCUCGUCGUCGUCUUCCUCGGCCUCAGCGGCGGCGGCCGAUGCUGAAAAGCAACAGCAGCAGCAGCAGUCGGCGCUUCAGCAGGGUUCAAACAGCGGCGGCAGCGGUAAUGGCGGCAGUCAGUCGGUGGUCAAGUCCAGCGAGGACGAGGACAAGGUGCGCAUUCUCCUUGGGAAGAUUGUCGUGCCGCAGAAGACGACCAAGAGCAAGUCGCUGCUGCUCUUUGGUAAAAAGUGA